AUGACGUCAUUUAGACAAUUAGGAACUUACGAAAAAAAAUUGGUUGGUCAAGCUUUGGCAGGUCAGAGUAACGGUAUUAUCUUUAGUGCUAAAUACAUUAGCAAUGCCCAAGAUGGGUUGACUGAUGAUGCCACUUUAUUGACAAACAGCGAGCCACUGCUAUUGGAUUCAAGAUUGGUUAACGCUCUACAAAAAAUGGUACUAAAACACCCAGAAUUGCGUACUACAGUUAACGAAAAAUUGGAAUUUGAAGAAGUAAAAGAAAUUAAAACAAGCGAUAUCAUUACAUCAGUAAAAUUUGAUAGUUUGAAGGACGAAUUUGUGAACUGUCAUUUAGGUGCUCCUCCAUACCUACUGCGUCACAUAUUUAACAGAAAUAAAUUCACACCAGGCUCUGGUAAACCAUUAUGGGAACUAUGUGUUAUAGAUGAUUCCUUGGUUAUGUUCCAUGGCCAAGAUGUUCUAUUCGAUAUAUUUGCUGCUGCAAAUUUCCAUAAAUUAUUUUUGGAGACCUUGAACUCUAUGGAUGACGAACAUAUCACUGACUUGGAAUACAUUUAUAGGUAUGAUGCAACUAAGUCAAACAGAUCUAUAAGCUUCCCAAGAACAAUUUAUGAAAAUCCAAAGUUACGUAUUCCUGGAAAAACUAUCGACUUAGUUAAUUUACAAACACAAUCCUUUUUCAAGUCUUUCUAUGUUAACGCUAUCAAGAAACCUCUAGAUAUCAUUACAUUCAACUCAGAACCUAUGAAAUAUAUUAAACCAAAUGAAAUAGAUUUUAUGAAUGAAGCAUCUGCUCUAUGUGGUACCACAGUUUUUGGUCAUAUCACCACUGACAGAUUCGAAUACUUGAACUCUAUUGCCAGACAUGAAAAUGUCUGUAUCAGAAGUUUCAUCUGUGGUAUUGCCUUAUUGUGUUUGAAGUCAAUGAUCAAAGACUUCACUGGGUCUAUCACAUUUUCCAUUCCUGUAAACUUAAGAGAGUCUAUCGAAGGGCCAUCCGACUUUGGGUUAUUCUAUAAAACAAUUUUGGUAGAAUGUCCACUUUCAUUAAUUGACGACCAGGUUUACAAUAAUAUAAAUGUUUACAAUGGAUACGAUAAUUCAAAUGUCAAAGUACCAGAAACUGAUCCAACAUUUGAAGAAAAGAAGUUGGAAUACCAAUUUAAACAGAUCAGUGAUUUAGUAUCUACAACAAUGAAGGAAAGAAUGAGGGCUUGGAGAAGGAAUGGAUUUAAUGAUGAUGAUAUUAAAAAAAUGAAAUUUACCAGUGAUGAUAAAGCUAGCAAUACUAAGAUAAUACAGAUAAACGAUGUUUCUGAGUUUAAAAUAAAUUCCUCAAAGUCAUCUAAGGUAAGCAUUAAAGAAUUAAAUUUCACUCACAGUAUUUCAAAUUCAGAUUUCAUGUCAUUAUCCUAUACCUACUGUAAAGAAACUGGUUCCAAUAUAUGUAUACAUUAUCCAGAUGCCUAUGACAUGGAAAAGUUUGUAGAACGCUUCCAAUCAUUUGUUGCUGACCAACAAUAA